AUGUGCUCAAGGCCUGCUGAAGCCACAGGCCUGGCCGAUGCCCCUUUCUCUCUCCCUGACGGCACGCAGCUCACACGAAGGCAGUUCCUGGGGGACAAUUACUGGAAGGGCUUUCGGCCGCUGGUGGAGCGGCAGGGGCGGCAGCGGGUGUCAGGGGGCGAGUUUGAGCGCACGUGGGGGCUGGUGAGGCAGGCCGUGGCGGCCACGGGGCUGCACCCCCACGAGGGCAUCUCCUCCCUCCUCAUCUCCGGCCUCUGCGUCAACGGCCAGCUCGACAGGGCGAUGGACGUGUUGGAGGAGAUGCAGCAGAUGGGCUUCGCCCUCACGCCACGCGUCUUCGACCCGCUGCUGCUGCAGCUCGCACGCUCCAAGCUCUUCAAGGAGGCGCUCGCCCUGGCUGACGUCAUGCGCCGCAUGGACGGGGGACUCACAGUCGCCUCUUUCAGCAGCUUGAUUGAGGCGUGCUUGCAAGUGGAUAAUUGUAUGCUCGCGCGCUCCAAGCUCUUCAAGGAGGCCCUUGCUCUCGCAGAUGUUAUACACCGCAUGGACGGGGGACUCACAGUCGCCCCCUUCAGCAGCCUGAUCGAGGCAUGCCUGCAGGUCGAUAAUAUCCCAAUGGCGCUGGAGCUAGUAGCAGAGAUGAGGAGCACGGGCGUGCACUCCCAGGGGAAGCUUUCUGCAGCAAUGGGGGUGCUCCGUGAGAUGAUGGCAGACGGCAUUCGGCCCAACGUGGUGGUCUUCACGCAGCUGCUGCACGGCUGUGCCCUCGCACGCAACCCACCGCUCACCGGGAAGCUGUCAGCAGCGAUGGGGGUGCUCCGUGAGAUGAUGGCAGACGGCAUUCGCCCCAACGUGGUGGUGUUCACGCAGCUGCUGCACGGCUGUGCCCUCGCACGCAACCCACUACUCCCCAUGUCUCCCCGCUACUUCCCUCUUCCGCCCCAUACUCUUCUCCCCCACACUCUCCCCCCUCACUCCCCCAAACCAACACCCCCACUCCCGGCAGCCCAGGGGAAGCUUUCUGCAGCGAUGGGGGUGCUGCGUGAGAUGAUGGCAGAUGGAAUUCGCCCCAACGUGGUGGUGUUCACGCAGCUGCUGCACGGCUGUGCCCUCGCACGCAACCGAGCCAUGGGCAUGCGCGUGCAUGAGAUGAUGCAGCAGCACGGCGUGCCCCCCAAUGACUACCUGCAUGCUGCCAUGGCCCUGGCGGCAGCAGGGCGCACAGAGGCAGCUCUAGCCGCAUUCCACCGGGGGCGAGCACAGGGCGUGCAGCCGCUGCCAUAUGCCGUGGGGACCAUGAUCAUGGCCCUUGGACGGGCAGGCAAGGUGGAGGAUAUGAUGGCGCUGUUCCGCGAGUCGCGCAGGGGGGCAAGAGGGGCGCGGAGGGUGCAGGGGGGCUCGCAGAAGGGGGACAGGUGGACACGGGGGAGUGGGGGGGAAGGGGAGGAUGGGGGGGAUGGAUGGAAAGGCGAGGGCGGUGAGGGUGGAAGGCAGUGGGAGGGCGUGACGUGGCAGCAGGAGAUGCGGAGUGGGCAUGCGCUGGUGGUGCAGACGCUGGCGUGUCUUGUGCAACUCCAUGAUGUGCAGUACGGCCCCUGCUCUCCUCUCCCUCCUUCGUUUCCCUCCCUACCUCUUGCCCUCCCACCCUACCUCUUUCCCUCCCACCCUACCUCUUUCCCUCCCACCCUACCUCUUUCUCUCCCUCCCUACCUCUUGCCCUCCCACCCUACCUCUUUCCCUCCCUCCCUACCUCUUGCCCUCCCUCUCAACCUCUUUCUCAUCGUAACUGUUCUCCCAUGCGACGCCAUAUGCCCCUCUGCUCCCCGCUCCCCAUGUGCCUCUCUCCUCUCCCUGCGUGCAUGCAGGCGCAUUCUAGAGGUAGCAGAGGAGAUCAAGGACGACCCUCAGCUCAACCGCCAGCAGAUCUUUGACCAGGUGCUGUUGCCAGUGGCGAGGGGCCUACCGGACGAGAGGGGGGUGUGUCUGAUCGGGGUGAGAGAGGCCCUUCGCAUGUUCCAAGCCCUGCGCACUGUGGGCGUGCACGCGUCCCGCAUGGUGCUGGAAGCACUGUUGGACUCGUGUGCAGCCAUGGGGGACCUGCCUCGUGCCCUCCAUGUGAGGGACGAGAUGGACCGCAACGACCUCCCCCCCACCGUCUUCACUCUCUUCCGGUGCGUUCUGGUGCUUUUUAAGGCUCGUGUGAACAUCAAUGUGGAAAUGCAUUGCGCCCACCUGGACAUUGGUGCCUUUCCUCUCAAAUGUCGCCCUACCAUUUCUCAUUCUAAGCAUAUGCAAGCCACACAUGUUUCCCACAAAACCCUUUCUUCCUCCAGCCUUUUCCGAACAGCCAUAACAGCAGAGGACGAGGAUGCUGCUUGCACUGCGCUGCGCCAGAUGUCGCCCUCUGAUUUGUCGGACGAGGACGUGCAGUUGCUGGUGCUUAAAGCCCUCGAGCCCUUCAUCCGGGCGGCUGCUGAGGGGGGUGAGGAGAUGGCACUGGCCAAUGAGACGCUGCCACGUGUCAGGGAGGAGGCUUACCUGGCGAUCUUGAGAGCGAAUGCGCUCAAGCUGAGGGGCUUGGUAGGGAGAGAAGGGGAGAGGGGUGGGGAGUGGAGAGACCAACGGGAGAAGAAUGGGGGAGUGGGUGGGGAGAUUUCUGAGAUUCUGGCAAGGCAGCAGUCUCGGCAGCCAAAUGAAAACAGGACAGGAGAAUCAACAUAA